AUGGCGCCUUCCAUUACUGACAAUCAUCCAGACCUUUCAGAUAGACCACUUGCUGACUACUUCUGGAUUGCGGGUCUUGACAGCCAAGAUUUACUUGAUGCCUACCAGACUCACGUCGACAAACGUGAUUCAGUGAGCACGCCUGAGCAUCGACUGAGUAGAACACUUAACGAGACAAUCCGGGAGGAUGCAGCAGCGGAAGAGAAUGCAGAAUCCAUUCUGUGCACCCCAAGCGUUUCCACGAAGCACUCACGCCGGAACUCAUACCAGAAGCUCUCGACAUUGUCUUCCGAGGCUCGAUUUUCCAUCCAGUCCCUAGACCGUCUCACUUGUCUGUCAAGCACACGCAGCAAUGCUACCAUACGAAGGGUCGUCUCGCCAAGUGCGCAGUCGUCACUGCCAACUUCUCCAGGUCUGCUACAACCAAUAUCACAGCCCGAAAGCCAACGACAAUCAGCACUACUCAGUGAUGCAGAAUUCGAACAGGUAAUGACACGAUUCAACUCAGAUCGAGACGCUUUCUAUCUCGACCUCAACUUCAAGAGUGAAGCAGUUAACCCAAAACCUAGCAGGUCCAUUCAGCAACCACGGCCAAGAACACAGAGAAUUGUUGCGGAAGAACUGGAUGCUGCCUCUGCUCCGAGUAGGACUCUGGGUAGCGUACGCAGACAUGUGUCUUUCAAGGAUAUGAACAGCGCUAGACGUCAACCAUCUAUAGCUCGGAAGUUGUCCACACGCUCUGCUAUGCGUGUUAGCAGCUACAAUUCUGUCAUGCCUAUGCCACAACCACUUCAGCCCUCGCCCGAUGAACACCCUCUGAAGCACUCCUUUGAGCCCGUUCUGCUGGAUGUGUACCCACCUUCCAAAAUGGCUCACGAGCUCAAUCGCAGAGAUCGUUUCCCAGACUACGUACCCAUGUUCGCCUUUCCAAACGAUAUCCACAUUAUUUCUUCAGAUGCGAGGCCGGCCACAAAGUGGCACGAGUUUUCGAUGACAGCAGCGGAUAAUACAAAACGCCCAGCUGUAUGCAUAAUUGUUUGGGUUCCGUUAGAUACCAGAGUGGCUGAUGCGUUGGAGAAGAGGUGUGAGGAAUGGAGGAGAGCACACAUGUCUGAGGCCGAAAGAGAGCUCGCCUCGUCGUUGGGCGAGCGUUUGGCAGCUGAGAGGGCAAAGUUGUCCAGGUUACUGGCUCAGCUGCCAUAUAUCGAAUCAGGAAGCGAAGAACGAGAAAGUCUUGAAGACCAAAUAGGUGUCGUGGAAGAGAAAAUAUCUCUCAUGUCAGACAUGCUGAAGCCUCUACGGUAUGGCGCCGCAAACAGAAUCGAGGGGCUGACUGACAGCGAUACUGGCCUCUGGGCUCCUCGCGCGUAUGGCCUUCUCGGUCGUGACCAAGGAACGGCACCUUUCUGGAAAGAGUGGCUCAGAGCCGUUGUGGUGCCAAUGUUGGACGGUGCAGUGUUGGGAGUGCCGCCGAGCUCACCAAAGGUAGGGAUGUGGCAGCCGCUCGAACGUUAUGUCGAAAUUCUAUGCACCAAAGCUUUUCAGCCAAUCACGUCCAGAAUACAAGUCGAGGUUGCCAUACGAGAACUGCGACUGUAUGCGAAGAAGGAAGCAAAGAACGAGUUGCCAGGAAGUCGCACGAUUGACCUCUACCCGCUUUUCAGAUGUCUCACGAUACCAAAUAUCGUUGUACUAUUCGAAUAUCUUCUGGCCGAAUCGCGCAUCAUCCUGGUUUCUGCAUAUACCUCACUGCUGAAACUCGUCAGCAACGCUUUGCUGUCACUGAUGUGGCCGUUCGAGUGGUCAGGAGUAUAUAUACCAGUUCUACCAACUCGCUUGAUGGAGGUACUAGAAGCUCCGAUUCCCUAUGUUUGUGGAGUGGUACGCAAAAAUGACAACUUGAGCUUGCCACAGGAUGAUGACUUCAUUCUGGUUGAUCUCGACAAGAACGAGCUGCAUGCUACGGCACGUCCCCCAGUGUUUCCAAGUAAGCAAAAACGUAAGCUCAUAUCCUCUUUGUAUCACGUGGCUCCUCAUCAUCAAACACGGGGCGUCGCUGUUGGACCACCUGCAUAUGCAUAUGAAGCAUUCCCGAAUGAUCAAUUUGUGUCUGAGCAUCCAACAAUAUUCUCAACGAUCACACCUUCAGUAGACCUUGGUCGACUGGCAAGUUUGAGCUCGAAUCAAUUUGGCAGCUCUGCAACAUCCAGCAACAAUCGAACACCUCUGUGCAGCGUCUUCGCACAGGCUAGCCCGCUGAACGCUUAUGGUUCAGUAAGAGUCGGAACAAGCUCGACGGCCAGACAACCAAGUCAUGCUGAGGACUCUGAUUGGGUUUCACCCAUGACCGGUACAUUUUCCAAGCCCAACACACCGCAAUCUCGAAAUGACUCGGGCUUCGCUUUGCAGGUGUCCCUGAAGGAGAAACGAUCUAGACAUUUUGAUACAUCGUCAAGAUAUGACCGUCCGACAUCAAAUAUUAGACGAAAGUCGAGUUUGCCCUUUAUGAAGCACAACAGCACGAUCUCGCAGGCUUCGGACAUUCCCACAUUUAAUAACACUUCCACCUAUGCGCCUUCGACAUACGCACAGUCAACGUUAGCGGCUUCUACUGUGAUGCCGGGUAUGCCUUAUCAACAAAAGAAGCUUGGUCUACGGGAGAUGUUCAAUGUCGAUGCUUGGAUCCGAAGCCUGCCACCUGACCAUGCAAACUAUAUGAUGGUCAUGAAAGAAACACAAGCUUUUGAUGGAUUUGUUCAUGAAAGGGAGAUCAAGAGCCAGUCAGCCUGCGACUCAAUUGCAUUGUUUGACGCACUCAUGGCUGCUAGAAAAGGACGAUCGAAGGGUGUAAGAAACAGCAUAGUCUUGUCAUUGUCAGGUCGAAAUCCUUUCGCAGGUCGAUCGCCUAGUGGUGGUGUGCCAGCAGAAUACCUUUCGGACACAUCUACACACAUAUGGAGGGUUAUUUCGACACCACAUACUUCUGAAAGAGCCGACUCGAACACCGGCCAAGCUCGAGGGAGAAUUAUUCUCGCCUUCGCUACCAGCAGCGCCACUUCCAAUCUCGGAGAAGAGGAGCCUACGCCAGCGGAUGAAUGGUCUUAG